AUGCCCUCACACGACAAUAGCGGAUAUGUUUCCAUCACAAGCUUGUUGAAGAGACUGGCUACUUUGGAAUCAGCACGAAAGAUCUCUGCAGAAGAGAUUGCAGCCGCAGUCUCUCUCAUCUUUACCAACUCUCUCUCUCCAGUUCAAUUUGGAGUGUUACUGUGGGCGCUGCACACCACGAACCUGGAUCACCAGGCUGAAGUACUAGCCGCAUGUGCCAGUUCGAUGAGAGAUGCAGCCGCGCAGGUGGAUGAAGAAGCAUUGAACGCUGUGAUGAAGCGACGGAGAAAAUCAGAGGGCGACUAUCAGGGAAAUUUGGUAGGUCUUGUAGUUAGAAGCAAUGGUUCGCCGAACUUCUACUAAUGAGUAUAAUCUCUAGUGCGAUAUAGUAGGCACGGGAGGUGAUGGACACAACACUUUCAACGUCUCUACCACUUCGUCAAUUAUAGCAUCCGCUCUGCUCAUGAUGGCGAAGCACGGCAACAACUCAUCCACGUCGCUUUCUGGCUCAGCGGAUCUGCUGCAGAAUGCUUCACCGAAGCCACCCGUCAUUGCCGCAACUACAGCAGCAAACUUGCCUCAUAUCUACGAGAAAACGAAUUAUGCGUUCUUGUAUGCACGAGAGUGGCAUCCUGGAAUGAAGUACAGUGCUGCAGUGCGCAGAGAAGUUCCCGUUCGAACGAUCUUCAACCUGCUAGGUCCGCUGGCUAACCCCGUUCACGAUUCUGGACUGGUGGAAUGCCGCAUCCUCGGUGUCGCAAGGAAGGCCAUUGGUCAGAACUUCGCAGAUGCCUUGCGACUGAGCGGUUCGAAGAAAGCUCUCAUUGUCUCUGGAGACGAAGACCUAGACGAGGUCUCUUGCGCGGGACUGACACAUUGCUGGCACAUCCACGAAACUCGCACGCAGCAUGGCGAAGGCGCGAAGGCCGUGGAAAUUACCAAGUUCACGAUCACACCGGAAGAUUUCGGCCUCCCGCGGCAUCCACUUGAGGAAGUGCACGGCGGCAAGCUGCCCAGUGAGAACGCAGAGAUCCUGAUGCAAAUCUUGCGAAAUGAGAGACCAGAUGACGACCCGGUCCUGCAUUUCGUUCUGAUUAAUACGGCUGCACUGCUCACCGUCAGCGGCAUCUGCGAAGCGGAUGAGAGCAACAUGGGCCAUGGAGACGAUGGAAAAGUCAUCAAGGAGAGAGGGCCCGGUGGAUUGCGCUGGAAAGAGGGCGUACGGAGGGCGAGAUGGGCCGUCAAGAGCGGUGAAGCGCUGCGGCAAUGGGAGGCAUUUGUGGAUGUGACGAACUCGGUGCCGACAUGA